AUGCAAAUUGUUCGCUAUCUAAUCGCCUUGGUCUUCUCCGUUUUCAUGGUGGCCACAUCGCUGAAGAUCGAAGAGCGCUACCGGCGGUGCAAUGGCUACAAGAUAUCCACCCCGGAUCGAUUGGUCAUCAAAAUGGAACGUCGGGGUGUAAAGUGCCAGUCCAAAAACCUGGAGAAGAGGCGUUUACACAUUUAA